CCAACUCGACACAACUCAACUCAACUCAAACCUCCUCCACCUUCUCCUACUCCUAUUCUCUCUCUCUACUAACAAUGUUACUCCAUAACCAGACCUUACAGUCACAGAAGAACCGUCCACUCGUUCAACCAAUUGAUGAUCUUAACCUCUGAAAUCUUUCUUCUUUCCAAACAAUGGGCAAGGCUUCAAAGUGGUUUCGAGGUCUCUUUGCCCUCAAAAAAUCUGACACUCUCUCAUCCUCUUCCUCCUCCUUCAGACCAUACAAAGAGAAACGCAGGUGGAGCUUCGUCAAGUCUUACAGAGAGAAAGACCAACACUUCGCCACCACUGCCCACCACCCAAACGACACCACGACCAGAUCAGCCGUGCGCGACCAGCCUCGCAACGCCCAAGACCACGACGACGACAGACACGCCAUCGCAGUCGCUGCUGCUACCGCCGCAGUGGCCGAGGCUGCUGUGGCUGCGGCUCAAGCCGCCGCAGCCGUUGUUCGCCUGACUAGCGGCGGUGGCGGUAAGAAAACCACCACCGCGGCGCACGUUAGUAAGGAGGAGUGGGCCGCUCUAAGGAUUCAGUCAGCAUUUCGAGGCUGCCUGGCAAGAAGAGCAUUGCGAGCACUAAAAGGAUUGGUGAAGUUACAAGCAUUGGUAAGAGGCCACAUUGAGAGGAAACGAACGGCGGAAUGGCUGCACCGGAUGCAAACUUUGAUGCAAGCGCAGGCACGAGCCAUUGGUGGCCGAUCUGUUCAUGCUUUGGAAUUCCAACAUUCAAGUAGCAAGUCCUCUCAUUUUCAUCAUCCUGGACCAGCCACCCCUGAAAAAUUUGAACAUGUUACCAGAACAAAGAGCAGAAAACAUGAACAAUCAUCAUCACUCCUCAGGAAAAACAGCUCAAAAUCAAAUGGCAGAGCUGCUGCUAUUUGUGAUGAAAGAUCAGGAGACCUAAGAAGUUCUUCAGUAAGAAACUCAGUAACAACCGACGACGAAAAGAGUGAUAGAGUUCUCGAAAUCGACAGUGGAAAACCCUACACAACAGUCAAGAGAAGAAACCUCUUUUCAGAUCAAAAUAGCCAUAGCUUCACAACCUCAAAGGACUCAACAUCUCACUUAACAGUCCCAAGUCCUUCCUCCUACGAAGUAGUCCAAUCUCUAAGCCCGUUGAAGCUUCAAAAAGACAAUAAUGACAUGGAAGAAGAAAACUCCUUCUGCACGGCCAACAACAGCCCUCAAUUCUACUCAGCCACCUCUUCGAGGGGCGGCGGCUGUGGUGGAAUCAGCUCGAGGAGAAGUCCCUUCACUCCAACAAAGAGCGACGGGUCAAGAAGCUUCUUGAGUGGCUACUCAGAUUACCCAAACUACAUGUCGUUUACGGAGUCUUCGAAGGCGAAAGUGAGGUCUCUAAGUGCUCCAAGACAGAGGCCUCCUCAGUAUGAAAGAUCAAUCUCAACUAAGAGAAACUCCAUUGUUCACCAUGGUGUUGGUGAGGCAAGACAGAGUAGUGGAACACACAAGAUGUCAACUUUGCAUGCCAACUUUAUUCACAAGGCUUAUCCAGGAUCUGGUCGAUUGGAUAAGCUUGGAAUGCCAAUAGGUUACAGAUACUAAUUAAGAAGAAUAUGGCUUUUUCUAAUUUGACUAACUAAUUUAAGUGUAGUAUUUGGAUAUUUAAUUAUUAAGAUUUUAUGAGAAUUAUUCUCUAGAUGCAAAUUCAGUAACUCCCCUUGUCUAGUUUUUUUUUUUACUCCAUUUAAUAUAUAAUUCAAUGUUCAGUUGAA